CCAGCAUUUCCAGCUCCCCUUCAUCCCUCCUUCCAAAAGAAAGCAGAGAACCGUACGGAGCUGCGACGGUAACCGGCGGAGACGACCGGAAACCGGCUCUCAAGAAACGAGAAGCCGAAGAGAAGAAAGGCAUUAUGAAUAGUUAGAAAAAAGCAGAAGCUAGGUUUUGGGUUUCGUUUGAAAAGGUCAGAGGCGUUUUCUCGUGCCAUUGACUAACGAAGCGGCUCUGGAGUCGUUGUAAGUCAGCUGCGGGCAGACUCCUUUUCAUCUUUUUUCCUUGCUUUUUUUUUUCUACUCGCAGUACAGAUCCCGACGUUUUUGUGGUAGGGAGACGGAGAAAAACAACGGAGAAAGAUCCGCGGAUCUGAAAUCACUGCUUUUUAUCUUUUGGCGUUUUUACCAGGGGUAUAAUCGUAAAAAAGGGUCGAGAGAAGAAAGAGAGUACUUUUCACACCGUCUAGGCUGGAAAUCUCUUUUUCUUACAAAAAGCGAGGGUCAACCAAACAGCCCUUUUUUUCCCCUUCUCUCUCUUUCUUUUGGGAUUUUGUAUUUGUAAGGCUUCGAAGAGUCCACACAUACGUUUAUCUUCGCCUUUUCUGUUUCUGCAAUCGCCCUACUUUUUUCCUUUUUCUUCUCCUUUUGGAAGGAAGCUGAGGCGAGUUCUGCAGUCGCAUGCAAUCCAGAUAAGAGUGGAGAAAGCUAGGGUUUUCUUCUUUGCUUUUUAGGGCUUUUCUUUGCGCGCGUGCGUGCGUGAGAGAGAGAGAGAGAGAGAGAGAGAGAGAGAGAGAGAGAAGGAAGUGCUACAGCAAGCUUGUAUAGAGAGAGGGGGUUUUGCUUGGCUUCUUUCUCUUUCUUUCUCUCAAGAGAGAGGGAGUUGGAGGCAUUUGUUCAUAAUCGGGUUUCCCUUUUACGCUUCUGCCUCCUCUGUUCUCUCUUUAGGAUUUUCCUUCUUUUUGUUUUUGUCACUCUCUUUCUGCUUGGAUUUCUUCAUUUUCAUUUUCUGAGGUUUUUGGGUUCUGGGUCUGUCUUUUUUCCUUCUUUUCUCUGGUCUGGUUGCAUGGUUGGAAGGGGUUGUCGGGUGUUUGGGAAUUGAAAGCAUGUUGCAUGGUUUGAAAGGGUCCGGAAUUGGAGAAGAAGGGUUGGGAAAUGCAGUUCUAGGUCUGUGUAGGAAGGAUUUCGAGGUGGGGCAGGAAGAGAAGGAAGAGAAGUGAAGAGAUCUGAAAGAGGGAGUUGGCUGAAGUGAAGAAAGAUAGAGAGAAAUAAAGCGAAAAGAAGGGAUUUUUUGAUGAGUUUUGGAGGUUUUCUCGACAAGAGUUCUGGUGCCAGGGUCGUGGCCGAUCUGCCUUACAGCAACAUGCCGGCUGGAACAAUCGUGCAGCCACACCUUGUUGCCCCUGCACUCGCCAAGUCCAUGUUCAACUCCCCAGGCCUCUCUCUCGCUCUUAAAACAAGCAUGGACGGGUCGGGGGAGAUGGGUCGUGGUGGGGGAGGAGAUUUUGAGCUGCCUUCCGGGAGGAAUAAGGAAGAAGAGUAUGAGAGCAGAUCUGGAAGCGAUAACAUGGAUGGCGGAUCUGGUGAUGACCAAGAUGCAGAUAAUCCUCCGAGGAAGAAGAGAUACCAUCGUCACACACCGCAACAAAUCCAAGAGCUUGAAGCUCUAUUCAAGGAAUGCCCUCAUCCUGAUGAGAAACAAAGGUUGGAAUUGAGUAAGAGGCUUUGCUUGGAGAGCAGGCAAGUCAAGUUCUGGUUUCAGAAUCGUCGUACCCAGAUGAAGACCCAACUUGAACGCCACGAGAACUCAAUUCUUAGGCAAGAGAAUGAUAAGCUUCGAGCAGAGAACAUGUCAAUUAGGGACGCGAUGAGGAAUCCGAUCUGCAGCAGCUGUGGUGGGCCAGCAAUGCUUGGUGAUGUGUCUUUGGAAGAGCAACACCUUAGGAUAGAGAAUGCCCGUCUGAAAGAUGAGCUGGACCGAGUCUGCGCCCUUGCUGGGAAGUUCUUGGGCAGGCCAGUCUCAUCCAUGGCGAAUUCCGUUCCACCCCCAAUGCCGAUCUCAUCUUUGGAGCUCGCUGUUGGGAGCAACGGGUUCGGUGGUUUGAGCACUGUGGCUACCACAUUGCCCUUGGGAACUGAUUUUGGAGCCGGGGUUUCGAGCACGCUUCCUGCAGUCUCCACAGCUAGGCCGGGGAACGUGAUGGGCCUGGAGAGGUCUCUGGAGAGAUCAUUGUUUUUGGAGCUCGCAUUGUCUGCCAUGGACGAAUUGGUUAAGAUGGUGCAGACUGAAGACCCUCUUUGGAUUCCCAGUUUGGAAGGAGGGAAGGAUACAUUGAACUAUGAAGAGUAUCUGCGCUUGUUCCCCCGGUCCAUUGGGCCUAAACCUGUUGGGUUUGUGACUGAGGCCACGAGGGAGUCUGGGAUGGUGAUCAUCAACAGCCUGGCCCUCGUAGAAACGCUGAUGGAUGCGAAUCGCUGGGCGGAAAUGUUUCCUUGUAUGAUCGCAAGAACCACUACUACUGAUGUGAUAUCCAAUGGCAUGGGCGGCACUAGAAAUGGCGUACUUCAGCUUAUGCAUGCAGAAUUGCAGGUUCUGUCGCCACUGGUCCCUAUACGCGAGGUCAACUUCCUCAGGUUCUGCAAACAGCAUGCUGAGGGUGUUUGGGCUGUUGUUGAUGUGUCGAUUGAUAGCAUUAGAGAAAGCCCAAGUGCAUCAUAUAUGAACUGCAGGAGGCUCCCUUCGGGCUGCGUUGUGCAAGACAUGCCCAAUGGAUACUCAAAAGUUACGUGGGUGGAACAUACCGAGUACGACGAGAGCGCAGUGCACAACCUCUACCGUCCGCUGCUCAGUGCUGGCAUGGGUUUUGGGGCCCAGAGGUGGGUCGCCACUCUCCAGAGACAAUGUGAAUGCCUGGCUAUCCUUAUGUCCUCCACCGUUCCUUCCAGGGACCACACCGCUAUUACACCAAGUGGUCGCCGCAGCAUGUUGAAGCUUGCGCAGCGCAUGACGGACAACUUCUGUGCGGGGGUGUGCGCGUCGACCGUGCACAAAUGGAACAAGCUUUGUGCCGGCAAUGUGGAUGAAGAUGUGCGGGUGAUGACGAGGAAGAGUGUGGAUGAUCCCGGGGAGCCGUCUGGGGUCGUGUUGAGUGCAGCAACAUCCGUCUGGCUCCCUGUCUCACCACAGCGCCUGUUUGACUUCCUGCGUGAUGAGAGGCUCAGGAGUGAGUGGGACAUACUCUCCAAUGGGGGGCCCAUGCAAGAGAUGGCUCACAUUGCCAAGGGGCAGGACCACGGCAACUGCGUUUCUCUACUCCGUGCCAGUGCGAUGAACUCAAACCAGAGUAGCAUGCUAAUCCUGCAGGAGACAUGCACCGAUGCGGCUGGAUCACUGGUGGUGUACGCCCCAGUUGAUAUCCCCGCCAUGCAUGUGGUGAUGAACGGUGGGGAUUCAGCGUACGUGGCACUGCUCCCUUCGGGCUUCGCAAUCGUGCCAGAUGGCCCCGGCUGCCGUGGGUCUCAUGGUAACACCAACGGGUCGCCUAGGGUGGGAGGGUCGCUCCUGACGGUAGCAUUCCAGAUCCUGGUCAACAACCUCCCGACGGCUAAGCUGACGGUGGAGUCAGUGGAGACAGUGAACAACCUCAUUUCCUGCACUGUCCAGAAGAUCAAAGGGGCCCUUCACUGCGAGAACUGAAGUCUCUUUCAGGCAUCCAUCCCAUUCAUGCCAUUGCAGCUCCAGAAGGGUGUGUGCAGGAUAAUAAAUUACACCCCACCUUAUUACAUAUAUCAUGUUAGCGAAAAUUGGAGGAAAAAGGACAACCAAAAAGAAAAGAAAAAAAAAAAGAAAGAAAAAGAAAAGAAAAAGGAGAAAAUCUUGAAAUGCUCGCAGCGGGGGGCUGAGUCAAGAACGAACCGCGCGUGGAAUCCCUUGCUAGGUGGUAAGGAUCAAGUCCCUCCCCCUCUCAUCUCCUGUUAUCUGCGACCACCAGCAAUUUCUUUCUUUAGCACAGAGCAAGGGUGGUGGUUCGGGCAUUGACUCAUCGACCCGUCAGAGAUUUCGAGAAUUUACUGAAAAAAAAAACGAGAGAAGGAAAUGGAGCCCCCUUUUAUUAUUAUAUUAUUAUUUAUUAGUCAUAUAUAUAUAUAUAUAUAUAUAUAUAUAUGUAUCCUGUUGUUGUUGUUGUUGUUAGCGGACUUUUUCGUUGUUACUUUAAUGCAGUUUGACUAAAUUAGUCUUUACCUUUUUCA